UUCGCCGCCAGGCCAGGCCGGAAGUCCCGCCUCCCCCGGGCGCGCUUCCGCUUCCGGUCGGUGCCCUUGUGAGGCGGGGGCAAGAUGGCGGCGGGGGCGCUGCGGCUGUGGCGGGCCGGGCCGGGUGGGCGGCCGGCGGCCGUUGUCCUGAGCAAGUAUCUCUUGGCUAGACCAGUGGCUGCCUUGAUCAGACCAAUCGAGGACGGUAAUCAUCAUCAUCAUCGUCAUCAGAUAUGCAAAUUUCACACAUCUCCUAGGAGUUUGGCUGGUUCAAAGGCCGCCUCUCUCCAUUGGACCAGCGAGCGAGCAGUCAGCAUCCUCCUGCUUGGACUCCUGCCAGCAGCCUAUCUGUAUCCUGGAGCAGCUGUGGAUUACUCCCUGGCAGCAACCCUCACACUCCACGGGCAUUGGGGCCUGGGACAACUUCUAACUGACUACGUCCACGGAAAGAGCUCCAUUAAGCUAGCCAACACUGGCCUCUACCUGCUUUCGGCAGUCACCUUUGCCGGCCUCUGCUACUUCAACUACCACGACGUGGGCAUCUGCAGGGCGGUGGCGAUGCUGUGGAGCCUCUGAGGCCUGCCCGCCGAGCCCAGCAACCGUUCACUGCUGUCUCUGCUAGUUUACGUUAUUAGCGAGUCUUAGAGAGUGGGCAAGAGAACAACCUGAGGAUGUGCUCUGCAUGCAGCAGGAUGGCUGGGGGUGAAACCCCCAUGGCCGUGUCCACGGCUCUUGCCAUUCAGAAGAUCUCUCGCUAAGGCGAGAAUUAGACCUGAACCAAGCUAGAAUCAGGGAAAAUCUUUGUAUUAGGUUGGGAGCUUCUGCAGCUGGGAGGCCCUUCCCCUCUCAAACCGCAGGCUGAGCUCAGCAUCAUUUCAUGUCGAUAUCCCGUCUCGAGUUUCUGGCUGUCUUGUUGCAAUGAAUGAAGGAUGUACGUGGCAUCUUGCACAAUGCAAAAGGGAAAUCUAAACUAUGUACAAUUAAAGGAUUUUUGGAACCCACA